AUGAGAUCUUGGAUGGAUUUGUCAACUGCUUUUAUGAGGCAGUACGAAUACAAUUGCGAGCUUGAUCCAACGAGGGCCACACUUGAGGGGACUAAAAGAAAACCAUCUGAGAACCACAAGACGUACGCGAAGAGAUGGAGGAAAUUGGCCGCCAAGGUGAAGCCUCCUAUGACUGAAAACGAGAUUGUUCGCACAUACCGCCGCCAAGGGAAAGCUGAAGCUGGGGAAUCAUCCGCACCGGUUGAUAAGAAUUUGCUAAAAAGAUUGGAUCGGUUUGAGGAGUUCAUAAGGAAAAACCAAGGUCUGAGCAAACAAAGAGGUCUAGACUACAACGAUCUGUGCCUACUUUCGGAUAUGCAACUGCCAAUGGGUUUCAAAGCGCCCAAAUUUAGCAAGUACGAUGGAACUGGCAAUCCCAAAACACACAUUCAGAUGUUCGUAAACAAACUUGGAAAGCCGAUAGACGAUGAGAAUUUACCUGUACGUUUAUUUCCCGAGAGUCUAGAAGGCGACGCGUUGGAUUGGUAUUCCAAUUUGAAGCCUGAGGAUAUGAGAUCUUGGAUGGAUUUGUCAACUGCUUUUAUGAGGCAGUACGAAUACAAUUGCGAGCUUGCUCCAACGAGGGCCACACUUGAGAUGACUAAAAGAAAACCAUCUGAGAACCACAAGACGUACGCGAAGAGAUGGAGGAAAUUGGCCGCCAAGGUGGAGCCUCCUAUGACUGAAAACGAGAUUGUUCGCACGUUCAUCAAAGCUCAUGACCCGCAUUACUUUGAGGAAAUUUUUGAAUGA